GCACCCUAUGAUGAUAUCACAACAUAACAAUCUAUAUUCACGUGCUAUAUUAUUUCCAUUCAUCAUGAUAACAAUUUUGUACACAGUACACAUUACAAAUUACAAUCUUAAAACGUGCUUUUAUUUUUGUCUCUUUUCAAUAUUACAUUCUUAAUACUCUCGUAAUUAAAGGUAGUUAUGGAUAUUUUUGAAAUCAUUCUUGGAACUUAUGAAUCAUUUGUGAUUGGUGUAAAAUGUCGCUUCAAAAACCAAUCUAAGGAACUAGAGCUGGUGCAAUCAUUUAAUGAUCAUGUUCAUCAAGCUAGUAUUCGUUCGGUAUCGUGUUCAUCGAAGUAUAUGGUAUCAAGUAGCACAGAUGAGACUAUUGAAGUAUAUAAUAUGGUCAGGCGAUGUCACAUUCACACCAUACUACAACACAGCGGUACAGUUACAUCUUUGGCAUUCACACCAGAUGAAUCACAUUUAAUUAGUACUAGUGAUGACGGUUCAAUAGCAAUGUUUGAGACUGGUACAUGGAAGCUAAAAAAGUUGUGGGACAAAGCUCAUAAAGGAUCAGCCGUUUCUUUCCUAGCAGUUCAUCCUAGUGGCAAACUAGCAUUAUCUGUUGGAAAAGAUAAAACCCUUAGAACUUGGAAUUUAGUUAAAGGUAGACCUGCAUACACAACUAAUCAGUCUAGUAUGAGUUCUUAUUAUUUUUUUGAUAAUAUAAUUUGGUCUCCAGCUGGACAGUAUUAUGGUCUACCUCUAAAUACCAAGUUAAUGAUUUUUAAUGUAGAAACUGCAGGUAUUGCUAUUACAAUUGAAGACAGUUAUAAAAUACAUGGUGUCACAUUUAUAGAGGAACAUUUGGUAUGCUAUGGCUCAGAAAAUGGUUCACUACAUUGUUACAAUAUAAUUAAUAAAGAAAGCAUGUGGGAAAUUAAAAUUGGAGAUACUAGAGUAAAGUGUUUAAUCAAAAUUGAUAAUAGACUUGUAACAGCACUAAGUGAUGGCCAUGUUACUGUAUGGGAACUCAAUGGUUGUAAAAAACCUGUUGAAAGUUGUUCGUUGUUUUUAGACUGCAGAAUUACUUGUAUUUGUAAUAAUUCUUUAAGAAAAUCUAAGAUGGUAAAGGAUGAGUCUGACGAAGAAUCUGAAGUUAAAAAUGAUAUUAUUGUUGGCGCAAAUAUUCCUAAUAAGCCACAAAUUAUUAAAAGAAAACUUCCAAUUAAUGGUGUCCAAAACAAAAAAUUAAAACCUAGUAUUAAAAAAAAAAAAAGUAUACCUAAUAACUGGAAAGUUAGUGAAAAUGUUUAAUGUAUUAAAACUGAAUGUAAUAAUAAAAAAAAAAAUUUUCCUUAAUAUUUAAUUUGUUUUUUCUAAUGCAAUUAGUAAUUGUUAUUAUUUAUGUUGAGUAGUCUCAAUAAACUGAUAUAUAAUGAUCAUAAA